AUGUCCCUAAGACGCUCAGCACGACUGGGGGCACUCCCAACAAUCAAACCACUGCUGCCAAAUCCAGCACCGAAUGCACCGAGAGUGCGACAUAGCGGCGUCGCAAAACCUCGCAAGACCACCACAGCCAAGAAAGCAGCUUCCAAAGAUCCAAAAAAAGGAACAGCCCAGUCUGAGAGUACCUACUGGUCUCCAGAGCCCUCAACCGUGGAGGACUGUACGGAGGAUCCAGACGAUAAGCGUGCUACUAAUGAUAUCCCGAGCAGCAGCCGUCUCACCCCUCCUCCCCUUGAUCGCCCAGUUGAUCCGCAUCGGACGAACGCGACCCUCCUCACACCUCACGGUUCUUCGGUCGUCGCAUACCCAACUAGUGUGGAAGAUGCCUCUCCCUCAAAGACAGGAUUGCCGCGGCCAGCCGCUACAACAGGGACACUACUCGAGAAGGCAAUCGCUCACUUGAUCGCGACGGAUCCCCGUCUCCAAACAGUUAUCGAACAGCAUCCCUGCCCGUUGUUUUCGCCCGCGGGACUGGCAGAGCAGAUUGAACCCUUCAACAGCUUGGUCAGCAGCAUUAUCGGGCAGCAAGUUUCAGGGGCUGCGGCAAAGUCUAUUCGAAAUAAAUUUGUGGCAUUGUUCGACUUGACGAGCGGUGCAGAUGGUGCUCCCUUGCCACAUUCGCGGUUCCCGACUCCUCAGGAGGUUGCUCAGUGUGAUAUUGCGACGCUGCGUACCGCGGGUCUGUCCCAGCGUAAGGCAGAGUAUGUACAGGGGCUUGCGGAGAAGUUUGCGAAGGGCGAGUUGAGUGCGCAGAUGCUGGCUCGUGCCAAUGACGAGGAGCUGGUGGAGAUGCUUACGGCUGUGCGUGGGCUGGGGCGGUGGUCUGUUGAGAUGUUCGCUUGCUUUGCUCUCAAGCGCAUCGACGUCUUCUCUACUGGCGAUUUGGGUGUGCAACGGGGUUGCGCUGCCUUUGUCGGCCGAGAUGUAAGCAAGUUGAAGGGCAAGGGUGGUGGUAAGUUCAAAUAUAUGGCAGAAAAGGACAUGCUGGAGUUGGCCGCGAAAUUCGCACCGAGUCUUUUUAUGUGGUACAUGUGGCGAAUCGAGAAUGUAGAUGUUGCUGUUCUCACUGGAUGA